GUUUAGAAUCAUUGCAAAAAUCCAAAUGUAAUAAUAUUUGCUUUAAAUCUUUAGAAUUACUUUUAUCAUUAUCUUAUCAAAAACCUGAAUUGUUUGAAGACAUAGUGCAAGAUGAAAUCAACAAAUAUAAAGAAUCAUUAUCAAUAACUUCACAAGAAAUUUUUGAAAAACUUAUUUAUGAUGUAACUAUGAAGCUUCAACUAAACAUUCAAUUAAUGAACCAAUCAAGUUUAACAAACACUAAAGAAAAAUUAGAGAUUAAAGUUGAUAGUAACUUAAUAGAUAUAAUCGCUGAGGAGCUCACUUGUCCAAUUACUAAACAGAUAACAGGAGAUUUUGUACUUAUAGCAUGUGGACAUUCUAUUAGUUGUUAUGCUAUUGAAAAAUGGAAAGAAGAAACAGCAAUUGAAAAUAGAUUAUUUGAGUGA